AAAUUAUCCCCAUGUAAUUCAAUAGCCUCUUUCCUGUCAUUAACCAACCUGCUUUUAAUUGUCUCUAAAGCCAGAUAGUUUCCUACAAAAGGUGUUUUUUUGUUUGUUUAUUGAAAUAUGUCUUCACCUGAACGAUCAACUAAAGUUAACAGAAACCAGAAAUCUUGUAAACUGUCUAAAACAGUCAGUUAGAUGCAAAGAUCGCACUGCUGUUGCCAUGUCAACUGCUGCCUGUGGGGCGGUUGCUAGGAUAGAAUUGCAAUGCAUCAAAAUAAUAAUGGAACACUGGCAACCAGCAGAAUGACUUGAACAUUCACUUACACAACUCCCAUUCUAUAGGCUGUUGCUAAGAGUUUAAACAGAAUAUUAAGAAUUGUAUAUUUUUACAGAAUAUGGUUUAAAAAAAACAACUUGCAAUUGUAAGCCUGCAUGUGAUUGUUUUGGCUUUCAAAAUAUGAAAAUGACUCAGAAUGAUUACAUUUUUUAGAGGUGCAAAUAAUUUUAGAAGCCAAGUAUACCUGAUAUUGCAUCUGAAAAUGCCCUGAGGGAGAUUUUUUGUAGCCAAGCUAGCGGUUUUAGGCAUGCGCAUGUUAAAGCCAGACAAGCUCAUGUACCUCCCCUUACAUUUUUCUAAUACAAUUCUGUAAUCUGACCAGAAAGACUCUCCGGGGCAACCACAAAAACAUUAACAAGCCGCUUUCAAAAGAAGCUCAUUCGCUCUUUUAAUGCCUAGUGUGUAACGUUCCUACAGAUGGCAACUGCAAUGGAAUAAUAAUCUUGACUGUUCAACCACUGACACAUAUAAGCAGAUUUUUACUAUGGCAAUCACACCACCAAUUGCAUGGAAGUGGAUGGAGUUGCAUGAUUCUGUUUCUCUGUAUGCGGUUGAGAGGAAAGUGAGGAGGCCUGUCGGUCUGAAACAGUGGCAGCUGCACAGAUGUCCUCGCUUGCAGCCUCAGCUCCUCCAGGGUCCUGCUAAUGACGAGAGGCUACACAGAGCUGCAUGGAGUGGCUCCCUGGAACAAGUUAAAGCUUUACUGACCUUCGGAAUUCCUGUGAAUUGCCAGGACAGCCAGGGCUGGACACCUCUUCACCAUGCUUCAUUCUGUGGACAUCAGCCACUUGUCAAGUUCCUUCUUCACAGAGGCACGGACAUCAACAGCAGGGACUUCUUUAAUUGCACCCCACUGCACAGAGCUACCUGGAAUGGGCAGGCUCAAACAGCUGAGUACCUUCUUCAACACGGAGCUUCCCAUGCUAUCAGGGCAUGCUCUGGGCAGACACCCUUACAUCUAGCUGCAGCCAACGGGCAUGGUAAUGUUGCUCGGACUUUAUUAGAGCACAAAGCGCAGGUUGACUGUAAGGACAUUAACAGGUGGAGCCCACUGCACUGGGCCUCCUUCAAUGGCAACCUAGAUGUAAUAGAUCUGCUGCUGAGCAACGGUGGUGCAGUAAAUGAGAAGAACAACAAUGGAAUGACCCCCCUGCACCUGGCAGUGUUGGCUGAAAGUCACAAGACCGUUGAGCAUCUGCUUAGGAAAGGUGCGGAUCUCAAUGCUAAGUGUGAAAACGGCCGCAGUGCUUUACAUCUGAGUGCUGCCACUGGAAAUAAAAAGAGGGAAAGAAAAAGGAUCAUGCAGCUGCUGCUUGAAAGAGGUGCCACAGUUGAUGCCGCAGACAAAGAUCUUGUCACCCCACUGCACCUAGCUGCAGGAUGUGGUUCGUGCAUUGCUGUGCACCUGCUAAUGCAGUAUGGGGGCUCAGUGGGCUCCACGGAUCUGCUAGAGAUGACUCCUCUACACUAUUCCGCUUUAAAUGGCUUUGCUGAAACUGCAAAAAUCCUCCUUUGCUAUGGAGCGGAUAAGAAUGCUAAAGAGAGACUUGGGAAUACUCCCUUGCACCUUGCCUCACAGAAAGACCAAAUUCAAGUCCUGGUGGUAUUACUGAAUAGUGGGGCUGAUGCAUCGCUUCAGAGCAAGUGGAAGGAAACAGCUGCUGAUAUUGCGGUACAAAAACAACACACAAAUGCACUACGUCUCAUUCAGGCAUCCACAAAACAGCAAACAAACUCUUAGGGCAUACACUGCAUACUGUAUAGCAUUCGCCAUAUCACUGGAAUAGGUUUGUACUUCAUAAAUGGGAAGUAUUUUAUUAAAAAGUAUUUUUUAAAGGUUAAUAUUAGGUGGCUAGGUAUCUAUUAUAAGAGAGUAUUUUUUUAAAAUGGUAAGGCAAAAGAAGUUGUUCUGUUUUGUCUGUAAACAGUUUUUUUUAUUAUUAUUCGCAUUAUAUAAACUGUCAAUAAGCACUGAAAAGAACUAGUGUAUUUUGAAAAG